AAUGUAUGGAACUUUCCCUCCAAUUGAGUAUCAGAUGAUGAUUGAUGUGUCGUAUAGAACUGAAAGAGCAUUACAAUUGAUGGUUCCUGGUCAGUUAGUUGAGGGUUUUGUCAGUAAAGUAUCCAGUAACGGACUAACUAUUGAACUGACGGAAUUAUUACCAUCAUCAUCAUCAUUACCAGCUGUAAGAAGAGAAAUAGCAGAUUUUAGGAUAAAGGGUCUUGUGAAGGUCGAGAAUUUAGCAAGUGACCCUGCAAAGGCUAAAGAUGCUUUGAAAGAGUAUCAGAUUGAUGAUGUUGUACAAGGUUUGAUACUUGGAGUAGAGGCUGGUGUUGUUCAAGUGUCUUUUUGCACUGAUAACACUGAACUUAAACUGGGUUACAUUGAUAUUGAUGUACCACUACCUCCUAAGAUUCCUAGACCUACGGAUUACAUUGAUAAACUAACCAGAUCAUCAGGUUUUAAAAACCCGUCUUGUGUUGAUAAUCUAAAAUCAGUCCUGGGACUAUCGACUGCUUCUCCUCAAUCCUUCAGUAUUCUAAGACCAAUCUCCAUGACUGAGAUUAAAGAUGGUGAAUAUUAUGACUCUUUAAGGAAAUCACAAAGAUCUAAAUGGUCUAUGGAUACUGUUGCCAGUGGUGUUGAAUGCUUUAAAAAGCAUCAAUAUGAAGAUGCAUUGAAACAUUUCAAUUAUGCUCUUGAAAUUGACACAGAGAAUGUUGAAGCAAUGGUUGCUAGAGGAGCACUUUAUGCCAACAAAGGAAAGUAUGAAAAAGCCAUCAAAGACUUUGAAAGUGCUCUCACCAUGAACCACACUCACUCCAACGCAAAGAAGUACUUGGUUGAGACUCAGACAGCUUACGGGCGAGAUGGUCCUGAAUCAGGUCUCAUGUAAUGGAUAUGAAGCAGUAUGGACUGGAGAGAAUGACAUUGUGAAGAUAAAGACAGACCUGACAUCAAAGUUAUUAAAUAAAGUUGGAGGGAAGGUUGG